UUUCAAAAUGCGUCGCUAUGAUGAUCGUUAUUGUCAUACUCGUCUCUAUGUUGGCCGUAUCUCCUCAAGAACCCGAACACGUGAUCUAGAACGUCUCUUUAGCCGAUAUGGGAGGUUUCUGGGAUUUUGCCAAACCUGGAGGCCUGUGGUGAGGGGGGUCGACCUUGGAGGAAUUGGUGGGAAUUCUUGCCCCGUUUAUAGGGACCCUUUGGCGAUUCUUUCUGUAGUAUUAUUCCGUGUUUUAAUGGAAAUGGCAACAAUCUCAAACUGGUGUUUAGUUCGUCUAUGAGGGGUGAAGUAUCAUACACUUGUAGUACUUAACUACUGAUGGCCUUUCUGUUUCUGGCAACCGUUUCCGCAGAAUACUUGAUGUGGAUAUGAAGCGUGACUAUGCCUUUGUUGACUUUAGCGAUCCCCGAGAUGCUGAUGAUGCAAGGUAUAGCUUGGAUGGUCGGGACUUUGAUGGAAGCCGUAUUGUUGUUGAGUUUGCAAGGGGGGUGCCACGAGGUUCUCGGGAAUAUUUAGGAAGAGGCCCCCCUCCUGGAUCUGGUCGCUGCUUUAAUUGUGGUGUUGAUGGCCAUUGGGCCCGAGAUUGUAAAGCUGAGGACUGGAAGAACAAAUGUUAUCGUUGUGGAGAAAGAGGUCACAUAGAACGAAACUGCAGGAACAGUCCCCGAAAACUGAGAUCUCGUUCACCUAUUAGAUCUCGCUCACCUCGCCGUGGCAGAAGCCGGGGUCGAAGUUACAGCCGAGGCCUGAGCUACUCUCGUUCAAGAUCUCCAGUUAGGAGAGAACAUAGUUUCAGAUUAGAGAGCCCUGAGACUGAGAACAGCCCAUCCCUCUCCAAGGGGAGUAUUCACAGCCCUUCUCCCCGAAAUGGGAAAUUGUCUGCUCUGCAAGAUGAAGCCGAUUAUGAUGACCAUAGUCCCAAGGAAGUGAACCGGAGCCCUGCCAGUCCCUAUAGAGAUGAGAGCCCUGACAGAAGCCAGUACCGAAGCUCUUCUGACUGCAAUGGUCGCAGCCGAAGUCCCAGUGUGAGAGAAAACAAUAGUCCUGUUGAUGUCGAAUAUGAUUACCCACUUACACCGAGAGGAAGCGAGUCACCUUAAAUGUCCCCUCCCCCUUGCCUCUCAUAAUCAUCUGUGUAAUUUCAUUCCCUACAAAUUUCAUUUCCAGAUAGAUUGUCAUGUUACAUAAAACAAUAGGAUGUUGUACUUUUUAAACUCUUAGGGAUAAGAUUGACUGACAACAUAAAUUUCUGAAA